GACUUCUGCGCAUGCGCAGCAGCCGCACACGUUGUUUUGGACUGUGAAGUGGGUUUGGUAAAUAAUAGCUAGUAGAUAGUCAUAUUUAAAUAGCUUCAGCACAUUGUUAAGGUUGUUUAUCGUCUCAGUGUUUCCUGUGUAGGUCUCUGCUUGGACUGUGAGUUGCUGUUAGUAGCUGUUGCUGAAACCAGGCGACAGAAGAGGCAGGAAGUUAAAUAAAGCUCACUAGCAGGCUAGCUUAGCUCAGCCCUGUGUAGCUGCAGUUGGCAGCAUGGCAGCUGUUCUGGAGCUGAUCGCUGGGAGCUACGAGCAGGUAGCUUUUGGUUACCGAGUGAAGACUGAUGACAAAGAGUGGACAGCCGAGGCAGACUUCACACACCACGCCCACACAGCAUCCAUAUCAGCUGUAGCAGCCAGUGAGAGGUUUGUUGUCACAGGAAGCAAAGAUGAGACCAUACAGCUGUACGACAUGAAGAAGAGGACUGAACACGGAGCUCUGCUGCAUCAUGACGGCACCAUCACCUGCCUGGAGUUUUAUGGGACGUCUCAUCUGCUGAGCGGAGGAGAAGAUGGACUCAUAUGUGUGUGGGGCAAGAAGAAGUGGGAGUGUCUGAAAACCAUCAGAGCUCACCAAGGUCACGUCACAUCAUUGUCCGUCCAUCCAUCUGGGAAACUUGCACUUUCAGUUGGGACAGAUAAGACUCUCAGAACAUGGAAUCUAAUUAACGGAAGAUCGGCCUUCAUCAAAAACAUAAAACAGAAUGCACACAUUGUCAGAUGGUCUCCAGAUGGGGAUAAAUAUGUGGCUGUGGUGAACGACACAGUAAACAUCUACGACCUGCAGACAGCCUCUGUGACAGGAACAAUCACAAACCCAAAGAGGAUCUCAUCUAUUAAGUUCUUAAAUAACUCCAUCCUGGCCGUCGCAGGAGACGAUGAGAUUGUGAGAUUUUGUGACCUGGGAAAGGAGAAAUGGGUGUGUGAGUUUAAGGCUCAUGAAACCAGAGUGAAAGCAGUUGACAGUUUCAUGAUGGACGAUUACUGCGUGCUGGUGACGGCUUCGAACGACGGAUUCAUCAAAAUGUGGAAACUCCAUCUAAAAGAGGAACUGGAGUCUCCCACUCUUCUUGGGGAAGUGAACACAACAGCCAGACUGACGUGCCUCGCUGUGUGGAAACCUACAUCAGUGCAACAGACCGCAGAGAAACCAGCAGCUGAGGCAACAACAUCUCAAGAACUCAUUCAGGAGCUUUCAAAGACGAAGAGAGUCCGGAUCGCAGUAGAAGAAGUUAUUCUAGAAGAUGAGAGCAAACCCAAAAAGAAGAAAAAGGGCAGUGGAAAAUAAAAUGGAAAAUAAAAAAUCGUUAUUAUUAUU